AUGCCUUCCUCAUCAAACUCAGCUGGUUCUGGCCUUCUCUUAGGUGAAAAAACCGUUAUGGAAGGAGAGGUAUUGAGAAGAAGUCUCUUUUCAACUUGGAGGAAAAUGUAUAUGGUUUUAAAGGAUGACGGAGUAUUAUUUCAAUAUCCAAACAAUCCUCAAUUUUAUCCAGAAGUUUCACUCAAGGAAAGUUUGGUUUUGAACAACUCAUCAGUUAUACAAGUGAUCAAUGCAGAGAAAAUCACUCACCAAAAUUUUACCAUUCUCCUGUUCCUUACCAAUAAGGCUCCAGUUUUAUUAAAAGCAAAAGAUGGUGUGGAACAUCAAAGAUGGGUAACCUCACUCACCAGAUAUGCCGAAAAAUAUAAAUCCAACUCAUUCAUUCAAGACUCAAUUUCAACAAUACCAACCCCGAGUUUGGUAAUAGGAAAGGAUGAAAGAAUCAAAUUUGUGAAUAACAAAGGUCAAUCAAUCUUUACAAAUGCAAAAUUUGGAACCAAUAUCAAGUCAGUUUUAUCGUAUGACCCUGAUUCUAAUUCUCAAUCUCUAGGAGCAAUACCAUUCGAAGUUAGGAUUCUAAAAACAGCAAGCAUCAAUAAUGACAUUUUAAUGUUGGCAUCAAAAAUAGAAUUGGAUCAACAAUUUGUAUUCUUCUUUCACGAUGUAUCAGAGUAUGAUUAUUAUCUAGAUGAAGAGCUUGAAGAAGUUUUUGAUGAAGUAUAUCAAGCUCAAAUGAAUGGUACUCCUGAAACAGUUGACGAUUCGAAUCAAACAAUGAGACUGUUUGUUAAAAUUUUAGGAAUGUCUCCUUUUGUUUUGAAACUACACCAUGGUCUUCAAACUCACCAUUACCAAAAGAUUGUUAACAUGUAUUAUAGUGACAAAUUGUAUAACAAGAAGCCACCUGGACCAAUUUAUCUCCAAAAGAUUAUCAACUUUAAGAAUGGGGAUAAAUUAAUGGAAUUUUCUAGAAAGCAAGCAGCUGCUGAUAAGUUCAAUAUGGAAUCUCAGGUAAAGACACCAAUUUAUGAUGAACCUCCAGCCUGUGAUGAUUCGAUAGUAAUGCAAAAAUCGAGUGUUCCUGAUUUAUUUAAUGGAGAUGUUCCAAAAGUUAUUGAUAUCAAUCGUUUAAUCAUUCUUUUAACAGAUGCAUAUUCACCACAAUUUCUCUCUGAUGUAUUUUGGUAUACUUUUAGGUAUAGUAUGAAACCAAAGAUUGUACUCGAUAAGAUUUAUCAGAGAUACUUUGUUCCAGAAUUAACAGAGCAAGAUCUUUUAUUCAAUGAUGUUGAAAGAAGUUUCUUCUCCAAUGUUGUAGCAGUAGGAAUCAAAAAAAAGUGCCUUUUAUUGAUAUUGAAAUUUGUAAAGAGUGGCAUGUUUGAUUUUGAUAAUGAUAUGGUCAAUUCUUUGGACGCUUUCAUAAGAACUGCAUUCGAGUCACUAAAUGUUAACCCUUCUUCUAAUAUUAUAACGAAUCUAGAUCUAGGAAUAUCAUCUACAAUAACACAUAUUAAGGAAUUGAUGGCCAAACAAGAUAGAAAACAACCAUGGCAAAAAGCUAAGGAUAUGGAUAAGAUUUUCAACAUUAAAGAAAAUAAGAAAGCAAAAUUUGUUGGUGGUGGAACACAGGGGAUUGACCUAUCAGAGCUAACACCAAAAGAAAUUGCUGAACAACUAACAUAUAUGGACUAUGCUCUUUAUAACGAAAUUCAUUUUACUGAAAUUCUUGAUCAAGCAUGGAAUAAGGAUAAGAGAAGACAUCAAGCUCCUCAUGUCAUGUUGAAUAUUAACUUUUUGAAUAAGGUUAGUACAUGGCUUUCGGUCAAGAUUCUUACAGAGGAAGAUCCUCAAAAGAGAGUAAGAUUUGGUAAAAAGAUAAUGCAAGUUCUUGGAAUUUUGAAAGAAAUGAACAGUUAUAAUAUGCUAAUGGCAAUUAUUGGUGCUCUAGGAUCAACACCAGUUCACAGAUUGAGUAAAGUUUGGGAUGAAAUGGAUGAAAAACUGAAUGAGGUUCAAAAUGCUUGUAAUGAACUCAGUUCUCCAAAAGGUAACAGCAAAAACUUCAGAAUGGCAAUGAAUGAAUGUUUUACUAAUGGAAAACCUUGCUGCCCUUAUAUUGGUAUUUAUUUGAGAGAUUUGGUUUUUACAGAUGAUGGUAAUCCAACAAUUAUGGAUGGCAAGAUUAACUUUUCCAAAUGUAUCAAUACUUAUAAUGUAAUGUACCAAAUUUUGAGAUUCCAAGGAAGACCAUAUGAAAUUGAACCGAAUAAUGAUUUUAUCAAGGAAAUGAUUUCGUUCAAUGAGAAGGAAAGAAGUGAAGAAGAGCUGUAUGAGCUAAGCUUGCAAAUACAGCCAAGAAAAUAA